UUUACACCUUUAGUUUCAUUGGGAUAGUAGUAACCUCUCUCACAGGUACUUCUUGUGGUCUAGCACUCUUUAAACAGUGCUUCACCAGCUCUCGGCCAGUUCUGGGCUUAGUUUCCGUACGCGAGGUCAUGGCGCGGUGUGUGCAAUUCCGGUCUGGUUUCUUCCGAUGGAUGUUUUCUUAAGGGCAGGAGUUUGGGUCUAACAUUCUGAUGGGAUGUCGACGGUAUGACGUCCGGUAGUGUGGCAUUUAUUUGGAUAGAUCUCUGGAUACUUAUACUCUCCUCUUUCCUUAUUGCCACAAUGAAGCCUGAAGAAACAUUUAAACCGGGACAUUCCUUCCAAGUGAUAGUCAACAGAACUGACGUAUGUAGUAGAAGAUCACGUGAUCGACCAAGAAAGGUAUCAGAUAAUCCAUCACAGCGACCUGGUCGGUCAAAACAGGAUUCAGAAACCGCCACCCAGGGUGUUUUAGAUCCAAUAAUCAACAGAUAUUCAUAUUCCUCGAUAUCAAAUCAAAAGAAAAACCGACGGCGGACGAAUAGGAAAAAUUCAAACCGACGGAACGUGCCUUCAGAAAAUUCCCGCAGACGACAGAGAAAAACUCGAAAAGCUCGAAAGAGCCGUCGAUCAACAGAUACGGACGCUGUAGAGGCGCCAAGUAACCAUUGUUUACCUCCAAGCCAUUUCGGAGCAAUGGACGUCAUAGCAAAUAAAGAUGGAUCAGAAACAAAAAUAGAAUGCUGUUACCCACGGGGCCAUGAAGAUAGCAAGGGCUACCUUCAGCUUUGUGCGACGUGUAUCGCGACGACCACCCUUCCAAGUGACUUCUACCCCAGGCAGGUGCAUGAACACUUGUGCCUGGGAGCAAUAGCCAAUACGCCCGAUAACGAAGGAUGUCUUCAUCAUUCCGAUGUGUGGCACGGAAAGUGUUCACAGCGAACGAUAUACCACAAUGUGUUGAAACGCAAUAGGCCUGAUGGGUGCCGGAUUCGAGUCCGGCGGCGAGGAAAGGUACAGCCGGUUCAGGUAGAGGACUGGACGCUGGAUACGUUCCCUAUAAGAGAUGGUUGUGAAUGUAAAAUGAAUAAACUCUCCAUGUUUCAUGGGUUACUGAACUGAGCCGGUUUUGAGAUUGUAAUUAUUUGCGAGGAAUGUGACCGUGAUAGUUCUUUUGGAGGAAUUUUGAGUAUGACGGGAUGGUUGUUAGUCGACGGGUUAAACAUGAACUUCGUAAACGAAAUCAGACGCAAAAUCUUGGCGGAAUGGACGGAGUAAGAGCUCACGAUGGGGGCAUGUGCCAAUUCAGCUCCACUUCUGUAUAUAUCCGGCACUCCCCAGCAUAAUGAUAAUAUUGUUGUUCUACUUCAUGCAAUGGCCAUAUCAGAGUGACAGUGGCUUCGCUGGCAUCGCAUGUAUGGUGAUGAAGUGAAACAGACUUACGGCUGAAUGUGAUGCGGCGAAUUUGUCAAAGGUUGGGUGAGACACCCCGAUUCAGUCACAGAGUAAAAAACGGAGCGAAGUGGUUAUCGGGCUGAUCUAAGAGCGAGUAGAUCGAUGGACCACGUUAGUUGGAUGCUGGGUUUGGUGGUCUCGGUUUGUUAGCCAGGAGUGUUGACCUAGUAGGCUGAACGAGAAUGGUCUUGGUGGACUCGGGAGAAUGGUUUAAGUUCUCACUUCGAUCUAUCGUCACUUUGGGACAUAGCUGUUGUCAUUGACGCUUUUGGGCCAGAAUGCCCCUUUGGUGACUGUCUCUGGACAGUAUGGGCUAGCCCUGAUAUAUUAUGCAUCAUAUUAUGUUACGGUGCCACAACUGUGAUUAAUGAUGUUGGGUGUAUUGCGUACAUGCUGUAUACGUGUAUAUAGAUACACGUUAUCAACGUUGGGUCCAUAAACAGAGGACGGGAAGAUAUCAUGUCGAAAGGCGGUACGGGCGGGAAAGCAUCGGGAAGUUGGUGGGUUACCCGUUCGUCAAUAGAAUGUAAAAUCUGUUUACUCACUGUGCAGUGAUGACAUGUGCACGUAUCUAGCGAAGUAAAAUGUCAUCUUAUGUAUAGGCAAGUACAACUUAUUGUGGUAUUGUGUUCUCUUUCGGAUGAAUGGAUAUAUAGGUAAAAUCAAGUAUAGAGUAAUCCAUACUUGGUAAAAUCACUAAAGAAACUAGUAAUUUCCAAGGAAAUUCUGUUGGACUAUCAUCGGAUAGGACAGUAAUAAUACUGAGUAGUUCUACGUGUACAUGUAUAGCAAAUGUACAGCAACAAUGCUCUUUAGGUGAAUAUGUUGUACAUAGAAGAACACAAUGGUCUACGACAAUAUCUUCAAGUAACUUAUUCGAAUCGGACGGUAAAUUUUUUUUCUUCAUUUUUAAGGACGUUCUGAUCUCCUAUUCUGUAUAUACGAUACUGUCGAAUCAAUGAAAAUAAGAAUAAGUUAUUUUCUUUAAA